CUUUAAUAUAUUCCGCUUCUUCUGUCCAUUUCCAUCCCUUUGGAUCAGAUGAGCUGAAAUUAGAUAUGAUUUCUUUUCUAGGCAGAACAAUUUUGCAGAAGUUUGGAUAAAUUUCAGUCAAAAAUUCGGCAUGUCCAAAUGGUUUUAAAAGUUGUUUACACCUCUAUAGCCCCUCCAAAAUGAGUUAAAGGACUUUAUAUGAAUUGAGAGACCCUUUUGAGGUUUAAACAUUUUUCUCCUACAUCCAACAUUUUGACACGUCAAAUUCGGCCUGUAGACAAAUCCAAUAGAAAAUAUGAGAAGGAAAUUCAACUCCGUUGAAAUGUGCUACCCUAAAAAAUUCAAAAUCCCAUGAAGGUUCCUUCUGGGCACCCUUGAUUCAGAAGUAUAAUACAUUUUAAAAUUAUUUUCGAUUUCGUUGUGUAUUUCUAAUUUCAAAUAUUGGCGGGAAAUCCCUGCGAAAAGCUAUCCCCACCAGUGAGAGUGGAAGGUUAAGUUGUCACAGUCAAGCUGUAUUGGGUUGUGCUGUUGUACCGGUAUAUCUCCUAUCAGGCAUGACUGAGACACGGGAGAGAAAAAUCUUCAAGUGCUCUAUUGCUGACAGCAUAGAACUGAUGAGCUAUGAAGAACUUGUUGUGAAACCAAACAACAAAAGAACUCCUGAAAUAAUUCUGCAAACAAAUAGGCCGUUGGUGCUGCUACAUCCAUGGCUCCUUGCUCAGCCUAAGCAUACUAGGAAAUUCGUUGAACUGUACUUGGAGAAGGGAUUUGAUGUUCUAAAGAUCCAAAUAACUAUCUGGAAAGUGCUAUGGCCAGUGAUCGGAUCUCAGGUAGUUGCCGCAAACGUAGUAGAAUUCUUGCACGAUCACGAAAAGUUCCAGCCGCUCUUCGUACAUGGUUUUUCUGCUGGAAACUAUCUCUGGUCAGAGGCGUUAGUUAAAAUCGCUGGAAACAUGGAGAGGUACAAGAGCGUGAUGGACCGCAUCCGGGGGCAGGUUCUGGACUCUCCACCCAGCACCCCGCCAGCCUUCCAGAGAGGAUUCGCCAUCGCUCUCUUCCCCAACAAUCCUAUUCUUUCUUUUCUCUUCGAAAACACUAUAACGCUACAACUUUACUUAUUUUAUAAUAUUGUGACGAGGCACCUUAUAAAUGGAUUCCAGGCAGUUCUAUCUCCUCCAUCAAAAGUUCCUUGCCUGAUGUUCAUAUCAAAGGAUGACCCUAUCUCUCCUUAUGACCGAAAUAUGGUCAUUGUUGAUGCCUGGAAGUCGAAUGGGAUACAGGCGCAGAUAAAAUGUUGGGAUAAAUCUCAGCAUGUCGGUCAUUUUGUUCAUCAUCGAAAUGAAUAUCUGGACCAAUUGAACAUGAUGUUGGAUUCAAUCGGUCUCAGCAACUUGACAGAAAGUGAGAAAAAAACGGAAACAGAGCUGAAUAAAAGCAAUAUAUGAUAAGGAUUAAGUUGUCUCUUCAAGAAAUCAUCUUAAGAAAACAAUACCUUCUGAUAUAGCAUGAUUAAAAGAGUGCAAUAGAUAAUUUAAUUUUUUUAAAGUCUUCGUUUUUAGUUUGAAGUGUUAAGUACAGUGUAAAACUUAACUUUUAAUUUAUAAUAAACACAUAUUUAUUUUGUGUUAGUUAUUAUUGUCUU